AUGAAGAAGGAUGAGCAAAUGUAUUACCUGGACAAGUGCAUGGCAGAUCGAGGUCGUCCUAAAGCCGCGGAGGAGCCGGAGGACGCCCCAGACCCCUCCGAGGAGGACGAUGUGGAGGGGCAGUGGGAGAGCGAGAGCUCGGCCUCGUCCGCAGAGGACGGCGGGGUGCCUGAGGCCAGCGAGCCCCUGGGCGAGGAGGAGGACGAGGAGGAGGACGAGAGUCAUAAUCACAGUGCUACAAAGUAUGUUCCCCCUCAAGUAAGGAAAGCUCAGGAGACGCUAGAUGAAAAGAAAAGAGAAGAAUUGGGAAGACUGAAGAAAAUGGUGAAUGGUCUCAUUAAUAGGUUGAGUGAACCGAAUUUGUCCUCCGUUAGUGGGCAGAUGGAAGAGCUCUACAUGGCCAACAGCAGAAAGGACAUGAAUGAAACUCUGACAGAUGUUCUCAUGAAUGCUUGUGUGACUGCAGUCGCCAUGCCUGCAAGGCUGAUAAUGGAGCAUGUCCUUUUGGUCAGCAUUCUUCAUCAUAAUGUAGGAAUUGAGGUCGGAGCUCACUUUUUGGAAGCCGUGGUGAAGAAAUUUGCUGAACUCUGUAAAAGUGAUGCUGAAGGGAAAGAAUGUGAAAAUCUGCUUGCCUUGAUUGCUCAUCUGUAUAACUUCCAUGUGGUUCAUUCCCUGCUGAUCUUUGAUAUUCUGAAAAAGCUUGUUAGCACUUUCACUGAAAAAGAGAUUGAGCUGAUUUUAUUUCUUCUGAAAAACGUGGGCUUUUCCUUAAGAAAAGAUGAUGCGUUGGCUUUGAAGGAACUGAUCACUGAAGCCCAGAGGAAAGCAAACACAGCGGAGAAGAAAUUCCAGGAUCAGACUAGGGUUCGUUUUAUGCUAGAGACUAUGUUGGCACUAAGGAAUAAUGACAUGCGCAAGAUUCCUGGUUAUGAUCCUGAACCAGUUGAAAAACUCCGCAAAUUGCAGAGAACAUUGGUUCACAGUAGUGGUUCUGGAAAAGAAACUCAGCUGCGUGUCUCCCUGGAAUCUCUCCUCAGUGCUGAUCAGGUUGGUCGCUGGUGGAUCGUAGGGUCAUCCUGGAGUGGAGCACCGAUGAUCAAUGACACAAACAGCAAGACCCAGCAAAAACUGCAUAUAGGAAAGAUGAGUUCAAAGAUAAUGGAGCUUGCUCGUAAGCAGAGAAUGAACACCGACAUCAGGAGAAGUAUUUUUUGUGUCUUGAUGACAAGUGAAGACUUCCUGGAUGCUUAUGAAAAGCUUCUCAAGCUUGGACUGAAAGAUCAGCAGGAGAGAGAAAUUGUUCAUGUUAUGCUUUACUGCUGCUUACAGGAGAAGACAUACAACCCCUUCUACGCAUUUUUGGCUAACAAGUUUUGUGAAUAUGAAAGACGAUUUCAGGUGACAUUUCAGUUUAGUAUUUGGGACAAAAUCAGAGACUUGGAAAACCUGUCAGCCACUGCCAUUUCCAACCUGGUUUCACUGUUGGCUCACUUACUAAGGACAAAAUCCUUGCCACUUUCAGUUCUCAAGGUAAUUGAGUUCAGCGAACUAGAUAAACCCAAAGUCCGUUUCUUGCGACAAGUAUUAAGCAUGCUGUUAAUUAAAACAGACGCUGAAGAGCUUAAUGACAUUUUUGUGAGGGUAUCUGACAACCCAAAACUGGGAAUGCUACGGGAAGGCUUGAAACUCUUCCUUACCCACUUCUUACUGAAAAAUGUACAAGCCCAAAAAAGUGCUGAAGAAGCUAGCUUAUUAAAAGAAAGAGUCGAGCUAGCAACCAAGGCUUUGCAAGCAAAAGAAUCCAAAUUGAAGUUGUAG